AUGGCUUCGCCGCUGGGGACAGCGGCAUUCGCCGCCCAGCGGGACAGCCUGCCCCAGGCGGCGCGAAAGCUGACGUUAUUCGGAGGAGGCCCCGGCGUGGCGUCCGGCAUCGCGCCCAUGAGGUUCAUCUCGGUCGACGCCCUGCGCCCAAGCGACAGGUUUGCCCCUCGCCACAACAGCGUCAGCGAAGCCGACGCUGCGGAAAUGCUCAAGGUGUGCGGCUACAAGACCGUCGACGACCUCAUCAGCGCCACUGUGCCGAGUGCCAUUCGACGCGGCGUAAUGAACAUCGGCCGAUACGACGCGGGCCUGACGGAAAGCGAGUAUCUCGAAAAGAUUAGGGGAAUGGCCAACAAGAACAAGGUGUUCAAAUCAUACCUCGGGAUGGGGUACUACAACACCCACAUACCCCCAGUCAUACAGAGAAACAUUUUGGAAAACCCUGGGUGGUACACACAAUACACACCCUACCAGGCAGAGAUUGCUCAGGGAAGGUUGGAAGGGCUGCUGGCCUUCCAGACGGUCGUUUGUGACCUCACCGGGAUGGAAAUUGCCAAUGCUUCCCUCCUGGACGAGGCUACUGCAGCUGCUGAGGGCAUGGGAAUGUGCAGUGCGAUGUCCAGGGGAAAGAAGCCAAGGUUCCUAAUUUCGGACAAGUGCCAUCCACAGACAAUCACUGUCUGUCAGACACGUGCCAGCGGACUGGGAAUCAAAGUGGAGGUGGGAGAUGCUGCAACAUGGAAGUUUGGCCCAGAUGUUUCAGGAGCUUUGGUCCAGUACCCAGCAACAGAUGGGACGGUAUCGAGCUACAAGGCACUCGCAAGUCAGGCUCAUGCUGCUGGCGCCAAACUCGUGGUGGCCACUGACCUGCUGGCGCUCACCCUCCUGGAGCCACCAGGGGAGUGGGGUGCCGAUGUGGUGGUGGGAUCAGCCCAGCGAUUUGGAGUGCCCAUGGGAUAUGGUGGACCACACGCUGGGUUUUUUGCCUGCCACACACAGAACCUGCGAAUGAUGCCAGGCCGACUGAUCGGUGUGAGCAAAGAUUCUCAUGGGAGGCCAGCACUUCGGAUGGCCCUACAGACGAGGGAGCAACACAUCCGAAGGGACAAGGCUACCUCCAACAUCUGUACAGCACAGGCGCUUCUGGCGAACAUCGCCGCAAUGUAUGCUGUGUAUCAUGGACCAGAAGGCCUGAAGACCAUCGCCAAUCGUGUGCAUGGCCUGGCAGCCACCCUGGCUGAGGGUGCCAAGCAGUGUGGACACAAGGUGCAAAAGCAGCCCUUUUUCGACACAGUGUGCGUUGAUGUGAAAGAUGCCAAAAAGGUGGCUGCCCUGGCUGCUGACCACCAGAUUAAUGUGCGGGUCCUUAGCCCCUCUGAGAUCACCAUUGCCCUGGACGAGACGACCACACUAGAAGACGUCGAUGCAUUGCUGUGCGUGCUGAACGGCGGAGUGUCCCCCCCCUUCACUUCGGCCUCUCUGGCACCCAAGGUGCAACCCACACUGGGGCCGCAUGCACGGACCACGCCCUACCUUGAGCAGCAUGUCUUCAAUGCCCACCAUAGCGAGCAUGAGAUGUUGCGCUACCUGAAGAAGCUGGAGAACAGAGACCUGUCACUGGUGCAUUCCAUGAUCCCCCUGGGUUCCUGCACGAUGAAGCUGAAUGCCACAUCUGAGAUGAUGCCCAUCACGUGGAACGAGCUGGCCAACCUGCACCCCUUCGUGCCUGCCAAUCAGGCAGAGGGUUACAAGGAGAUGUUUGAGGACCUGGCACAGCAGCUGUGUGCCAUCACGGCAUUUGAUUCUGUGUCCCUGCAGCCAAACGCUGGGGCGUCGGGGGAGUACGCUGGGCUCAUGGCCAUCCGCCAGUACCACAGGUCCCGCGGCGAUCAUGCACGCGAUGUUUGCCUGAUCCCAGCAUCAGCCCACGGAACGAAUCCUGCAAGUGCUGCCAUGGCUGGAAUGAAGAUCGUCACCAUCAGGUCGGACGACCAGGGCAAUGUAGACAUUGCCCAACUGCGGGAGAAGGCGAUUGCCCACAAGGACAAACUGGCAGCGCUGAUGAUAACAUACCCAUCCACCCACGGUGUGUAUGAGGAAGGCGUGGAUGAGAUCUGCAAGAUCAUCCAUGAUAAUGGUGGACAGGUGUACAUGGAUGGUGCCAACAUGAAUGCCCAGGUUGGAUUGACAGCUCCAGGAGUGAUCGGCGCAGAUGUGUGCCACCUGAACCUGCACAAAACGUUUUGCAUUCCCCAUGGGGGUGGGGGCCCUGGGAUGGGCCCCAUUGGCGUGAAGGCACACCUGGCCCCGUUCCUGCCUUCACACCCUGUUGUCAACACGGGUGGGCUCCCAGUCCCUGAUGGAAAGCUGGAUCCCUUUGGCACAGUGUCUGCAGCUCCCUUCGGCUCAUCGCUCAUCUUGCCGAUUUCCUAUGCCUACAUAUCGAUGAUGGGCUCUAAGGGCCUGACCGAGGCUUCAAAGCUGGCCAUUCUGAAUGCCAACUACAUGGCCUGUCGACUGUCUUCCCACUACCCGAUUCUGUUCAAAGGCAAGAAUGGCACCUGUGCUCACGAGUUCAUGAUCGAUGUGCGGCCACUGAAGGCCAGUGCUGGAAUCGAAGAGUCGGACAUUGCCAAGCGGUUGAUCGAUUAUGGAUUCCAUUCUCCCACGAUGUCGUGGCCAGUUGCAGGCACGCUGAUGAUUGAGCCCACGGAGAGCGAGAGCAAGGCUGAGCUGGACCGAUUCUGCACGGCAAUGAUCGCCAUCCGGGGGGAGAUCCAAGAGAUCAUCGAUGGGAAAGCGGACAAGGAAAACAACCUUAUGAAGAACGCGCCCCACCCAGCGCACGUUGUGCUGUCCGACUCUUGGAACUACCCGUAUCCCAGGGAGCGUGCCGCGUACCCAGCGGACUGGGUCCGCAACGCCAAGUUCUGGCCCUCGACAAGCCGCGUGGACAACGUGCACGGGGACCGCCACAUCAUCGCCAGGAUCCCGACACUGGAAGAGGCGCGGGCGGAGGCAUACGCUGCGGCGGCUUGA